AUGGGAUUGGAUGGGAUCGGACAUACACGCACGAACUUUGCGGCACGACCCACUGGUUCUGCUCCAUUUCCUGAAGUAAAUGCGAGCGCAUAUAGAUCUCCUCGUGGUCGUGGUCGUGGCCGUGGUCGUGGUCAUGGUUAUGGUCGAGGUGGAAAUAAUUACAACCAUGUCGGUUAUAAUAACUCCUUUAAGCAUAAGAAUCACCACCAGAAGUGGGAUAAGAAGGAGGAGAAACAAGAAAACAGGAACAGUGGACAAUACAAACAUCAAGUGAAAAAUGUCGAUAGUAAAUGUUAUCGAUGUGGCAUGACUGGGCAUUGGUCGCGUACCUGUCGUACGCCCAAACAUCUUGUUGAGCUUUACCAAGCUUCCCUCAAGGAAAAUGGAAAGAAUAUAGAAACAAAUUUUGUUGCUGAUGAUGAUUUUGACCACAGUCUAAUGCAUAAUGACUCUAUAGACAUGACACAUUUAGAUGUUUCUGAUUUUCUUGAGAACAAUAAUAAUGAAAACUAA